AUGGAUAAGCAAAAUCAAAAUUCUAGCAUGCCGGAAGACAUAUAUCCCUUGCACAUUCUGGACGACACCAAGCUUUACCGCUUUUUCGUAAGUGGAUUAAUGCACUUUAACGACGUCCUCGACACCAAAAAACUACAUAAUGCUUUAUCGAAACUACUUGAAAUUGGGGAUUGGAGGAAGCUUGGGGGUCGGCUUAGGAUCAAGCGGAAUGGAAAGCUCGAGAUUCACGUCCCGCGGCCGUUUACAGCUAAGCAGCCAGCUGUCGCGUUUACCCACGAUAUUUUUGAUAUGACAAUCGAGAAGCAUCCGGUGGCCUGUCGAUUUCCCAAGCCGACCGAUGGCCCGUCGACUCAACCAAUUUCUUCUGACUUCCAGUCCUUUGUCAUGAGGCCAGACCAUCCAACGACAAUUGAAGAAAUGAUACGCCAGGAUGUACCCCAAUUGUCCUUGCACAUUACUUCGUUUAGUGAUGCAACCCUUGUCGCGCUCACCUGGCCUCACACCAUGAUGGACGCCGCAGGCCAUCAGGCGUUACUACAUGCAUGGUCGUCAGUGCUAGCUGGUCAGGAAGAAGAGGUCCCACUGGUUCUCGGUGCACACAAAGACAUUCUUGAGGAUGUAAGCUCGAACUAUGAUGGGGACCAGGAAGAGUUUGGGCCUGACCGGAUGCGAAUGAGGGGAAUGGGUAAGCUCAAGUUCAUGUUCCAAUAUUUAUGGGAAGAGUUUUGGAAUUCUCCCCGGGAAACACGGGUAAUUUUUCUUCCAAGAAAUAUAUUCGUCCGGCUGCAGAAGCGAAUUCGAGCGGAAGUCGCCGAGAGCGCUCACACUAGUGACCAGAAGUCUUUUGUCAGCGAUGGCGAUAUACUCGCGGCGUGGGCCACUCGCGCGGUGGCAUCAACUAUGCCGAAGCCACGUCCGAUAACUAUAGUGAGCUUCGUGAAUGCCCGGUUCCGACUUCCGCCGCUCAUUGAAUCUCGAGGCAUCUACCUCCAGAAUAUGGUACUUGCGGGAUACGCAUUCCUCUCCGCGCAUCUUGCCAGGGGACCUGUUGGACCUAUUGCUCUCAGUCAUCGACGUCAUCUUGACGAACAGGGCACGGAGCAGCAGACCUUUAGUCUACUGAAGACCGUGCGUCAGGAUAUCGAGUCUGAUGGAAGCCCGAACGUCUUCUAUGGAGAGCCACACGCUUCUUUAAUGAUUGUCAAUAACUUGACUAAGCUGGGAAUAAUCAAAGCUGCAAACUUCGGCCCAGCGGUCCUAAGCCAAGGUGACAAAGAAGAGUCCAGGAGCAAUCCUCCAGGGACUAUGGUGACAGUACAAAAUUAUUUCCACCCGGUGUCGGGGGGUCCAAAUCUUUUCUGCAUUCUUGGUAAAGACUACGGCGGGAAUUACUGGCUCCAAGGAUGUCUUUUGCCACGGGUAUGGGAAAUUAUUGAGAAAGAAUUGGAGGACAUGUAA